AUGCAAAGCGUUCGUCUCAAGGAAGGUGAUGGAGAAUCUUUCACCUGUGACGAAGAACCCCACAUGCUAUCCCCGGAAAUAGGAUACGGAUAUUUCCCUCUGACGCUGGGACAACAUCUGGAUAAAGACCAUCGUGAUAUAGAAAUUGUGCGCAAGCUAGGCUGGGGAGGGUACUCCAGCGUCUGGCUUGCUAAAUCUCAUAAAAAAUCCUAUCGGUCGCGAUACGUGUCUGUUAAAGUCAUGACGGUCAACGCCACUGCCGGAGCCGUGUACGGACACAUGAAUGAGAUCAAAUCGCUCAGGCUUGUCACGUCCCGAAAUCCAAACCAUCCCGGUUACAAGCAUUGUAUCGCGCUCGAGGACCAAUUCGUCGAGAAAGGCAAGCACGGCCCUCAUUAUUGCUUAGUGACGCAAGUGUACGGGCGGAAUAUGGACACGCUGCGGUCCGAGUUACCAGGCAAUCACUUUUCCGUUAUUACUACCAAACGUAUCAUCAAACAGUUACUUCUCGCUCUCGACUACUUGCACACGGAAUGCAGAAUCGUUCACGGAGAUCUCAAACCAGCCAACAUCCUCUAUUCGCCUUCGUGCCAAGAUGACGCGAUAGCGCGCCACAUCGAAGAUUCUCCGUCCACCUGCUACGAACCUCGUUUCGAGCCAGACUUAUCUCCUGACCCAAUCAUUACGGUCAAAUCGCAGCCGCUGCCGAACUUUGGUUUACGAGAAGACAUGAGCAAUAUCGAAAUUUGUCUUGUUGACUAUGGCGAAACGGCCUCUGCUGAUGAAAAACAUACGCAUGGAACUCAGCCUUUGUUACUUCGUGCCCCCGAGGUCUUGAUAGGCUACCCUUGGUCCACUGCGACGGAUAUCUGGUCGCUUGGAGGUCUGGUGUUCGAGUUUCUAAUCGGUUGCCCGCUCUUCACCUUGUACGAGACAGAGUCUGUCACGCUCGAGGACUCACUGCUGCGCCGAAUAAUUGAACAUAUUGGCCCUUUCCCUCCGCAUCUUUUGGCCAAGGCUACUAGGCGCGACGAUUACUUCGACGCUGAAGAUGCCCUCCUCCGUAUCCAGCACUACGUACCCCAAUCCCUUGAAGCGUGCCUCGAGAUUUACAACGUCCUUGGCGAGGCGGAUGUGGACCCCGCCGCCGCCUUCAUACGGCGCUGUUUGACGAUAGAUCCCGAGCAGCGACCCGCAGCGAAGGAAUUGCUGGAAGACGACUGGCUCCAGGAUGUUUAA